AAACAACAUAUCCUGGAAUAUACUUGAACAACUUCUAAUUUCCAGGUUGUCUACAGAGUAUAUGUCGAAAUCGUCUUGUACAUGUUUUCAACUUUGAUGAUAAUAAAUACACAUGGGUCAAUCACAGUCAAGAAACCAACAACAUGGCAGCUCAGAUGGUGGCACACAUGAGAAUAAGACUGAUUAUUAUGAACUUCUGCAUAUAACACCAGAUGCUUCUAGUGAUGAUAUCAAAAAGGCUUAUAGGAAGAGAGCUCUAGAACUUCACCCCGAUAGGAAUUAUGGCAAUGUGGAAGAAUCCACGAAAUUAUUUGCAGAGGUUCAGUCGGCCUAUGAGGUCCUUUCUGACCCCCAGGAGCGAAUGUGGUAUGAUUCUCACUCUGAAGCCUUCCUAGGGACAGAUGGAGCUUCCGCGACAUUUAAUUCUACGCAUGCUACUCAAACAACAGCAGAAGAUGUCAUGGGACUCUUCUCUCAGUUUAGCCCGCGCAUGGCCUUUUCGGACGCAGAAGAUGGAUUUUAUGGGGGACUUCGUGGUGUUUUCUCACGACUCGCCCAAGAAGAAGAGAUGGCCUGUCGUAAGGACAACAUCGAACAUAUCCGAUACCCAGCGUUUGGAUCCCGCGAUGACGAUUUUGACCAAGUGGUACGCCCGUUCUAUGUCGCUUGGAGUAACUUCUCUACGAGGAAAUCCUUUGCUUGGAAAGACGCCUAUCGCUAUUCCGAGGCCCCCGAUCGGCGAGUUCGUAGGCUCAUGGAGAAGGAGAACAAACGCCUAAGAGACGAGGGCAUGCGCGAGUUCAAUGAGGCGGUCAGGUCGCUUGUGGCUUUUGUUAAAAAAAGGGAUGUGCGAUACAAAAUCAACGCCAAGGAUGAAGCCCAAAGACAGGAAACUCUUCGCCAGGCAGCUGCGGCGCAGGCUGCUAGGUCCCGGGCUAUGAACCAGUCGAACCUCCGAGAGCAUAUCACCCAGGACUGGGCGAAAUCGGGUGACGUUGAAGAAGAUGUAGCGACCAGCAGCGACGAGGAAAAAGUUCACUUUGAAUGCGUCGUGUGUCACAAGAGUUUCAAGAGUGGGAAACAAUACGAGGCGCACGAACGUAGCAAGAAACACACAAAGGCCGUUAAACAACUGCAAUGGGAGAUGAGAGCUGAAGAUAGGCUAUUCGCCUUACAGGAUGAUUUCCCCCAACAGCAAGGCGAACCCGAAGCGGUCAAUCCGACCCAGAGCAGCACCCCCGAGCCUCAACAAGCCCUUCCUGCACUGUCCAGGUGUCCAUCAUAUAGCCAGGAACCUAACGACAUUACUCCAAAUUCCGAGGGUCACGACCGCCUUCCCUCUGGAAACCAGGAUGGCGCCAGUGAAAUCAUUGACAAACAGUUCACGGAGCUCCAAAGUGAAACCCCCGAAACCAUUCCAUCCUCCGAGGAAGCCGAUUACACCACUAGGGAGGCGGUUGAACGGCGUCUAAGUCCAACACACGGCGCAGAUAUGCUAGACACCUUGUCCGAGCACUUUCCAGACCUUGGGCUGGAAAGCUCGCCACAGCCAGCAGUGAAGCAAAAAGGAAAGGCCAAGCAAAAACGCGCCAAGAAAGCCCAACAAGCUGAAAAGCCGUCCCUGGGCAUGAGGUGUACAACCUGCGAUGCUGUUUUCCCUUCCAGAACUAAACUGUUUUCUCAUAUUAGAGAAUCGGGUCACGCGCGGGCUGUACAUUCGUAGCAUGCAUAUCUACCUCAACUUGGAAUAUUAUCAACUUAGAAUAUUAACACGC